GGUCUGCAACUGAAAGAGAGAGCCAGCUUGUCAACAGCCAACAACCAAAAUCUCAUCUCAUCCCUUUUAAUUUAUUCUUUUUUUUUUUUUCCCCCGCCACGCUCCAAUCCCGUUCUUCCUCCCAAUCCAACCCUCGUUUCGAAGUGUACCGCUCCCUCCCUCCCUAGAAUUAUCCGAUGGUCGACCGAGUCCAGUCCCUUCUUUAAACAGACAGCCCCGACACCACAAUCUUAUCUCCCCUUCUCGUGAGACCCGCGCUCAUGAGAACACCCACAUCGCCGCCCUCAUCAAAGUUCCCUGUCUUCGACCCUCACGAGAAACCAGACCGAUACAAGUUCAAGCCCAAGAGACAAGGCAUUAUUGGCAGGAUGAAGGAGUCUUGGAUGACACAGUCCCAGCGGACGAGGUGGAUUAAGACUGCCGCCAUCGUUUUUGCGAUUGUUACCCUCUUCUACUUUAUCUCCCCUAAGGGUGUUGAAGUGUAUCACGAAGUCACUCAUCCUGCGCAGGGCAACAAUGGUCAGUCUCCCUCAGAUUCUUCCUACGGUACCGAACGAUGCACAAAGUCGUACUCCAAGGACAAGCCCAUUGUCCAGUACGUUCUCAUGAUCGACGCCGGCAGCACUGGUUCACGAAUCCACGUCUACAAGUUCAACAACUGUGGUGCUACCCCCGAACUCGAGCAUGAGGAGUUCAAGAUGACCGAGAAGGAUGUCGGUGGCCUCAGCAAGUAUAACGGCGACCCUGUGGCCGCUGCCAAGAGUCUUGAUCCCCUCAUGAAGGUCGCUAUGGAUACCGUUCCCAACGCCCUCAAAGGCUGCACUCCUGUUGCCGUCAAGGCCACCGCUGGUCUUCGAAUGAUUGGCAAGGAAGCCUCCGAUGCUAUUCUUGCUGAAGUCCGACGACACCUCGAGCAGGAUUACCCCUUCCCCGUUGUUGACAAGGAGAACGAGGGUGUCGUUAUCAUGGACGGUUCUCUCGAGGGUGUUUAUGCUUGGAUUACCACCAACUACCUUCUCGGCAAGAUUGGCGGUCCCGAUAAGAGCGAGACGGCCGCUGUUUUCGAUCUUGGUGGUGGUUCUACUCAGAUCGUUUUCGAGCCUACCUUCAAGGGCGCCGCUAACGGUGGAAUGCCUGAGAAGCUUGCUGAGGGUGACCACAAGUACGAUCUCGACUUCGGUGGUCGUCACUUCGAGCUCUACCAGCACUCUCACUUGGGCUAUGGUCUUAUGGCUGCCCGCAAGGCCAUCCAUGGCGCUCUUAUCAAGGAUAUCGAGUCCAAGAACACCGACAAGGCCUGGGUAAAGCAACCUAUUGUUAACCCUUGCAUCGCCCCCGGCAUGAACAAGACUGUUGAGGUCACUCUUGCUGGUAGUGAGGAGCCUGUUGAAGUUACCUUCGUUGGUCCCUCGCAACCUGCUCCCGCUCAGUGCCGAAACCUUGCUGAGAAGAUUCUCAACAAGGAUGAGGAGUGCAAGCUCGCUCCUUGCUCUUUCAACGGUAUUCACCAGCCUCUGCUGUCCAAGACCUUCACCAAGGAGGAUGUCUACAUCUUCUCCUACUUCUUCGACCGCACUAAGCCCCUCGGUAUGCCCGACUCCUUCACUCUUCGUGAGAUGCACGAUCUUACCCAGACCGUCUGCAUGGGCAAGUCUGGUUGGGAUGUUUUCACCACCAUCCCUGAUGCUAUGGCUGAGUUGGAUGACCGACCUGAGUGGUGCCUGGAUCUCAACUUCAUGAUGGCUCUCCUCCACAGUGGUUACGAAAUGCCCAUUGAUCGUGAGGUCAAGAUUGCCAAGAAGAUCAAGGGCAACGAGCUCGGCUGGUGCCUCGGCGCUAGUUUGCCUCUUCUUGCUGGUGGUUCCGGCUGGUCUUGCAAGAUCAACCAGAUUGCUUAAGUUAUACCAUAGGAUAUUAGGCGUUGAAAGGAGAUGUAUGCUGGCUUUUGCUUUUACUACUAGACCGAUUCUUUUGGAACGGCAACGACAUUUGGGAUAUGGCAAAAUCACGCGAUGGACCAUCGGCAUCAUGAACAAAAGAUGGACGAGAUUGUAAGCCGUGACUGGCUUCAUGGGGGGAACUGGAGUCCUCGACUUGUCAUGACGUGUAGAUUAUUAUAGAAUUAAUUAAUACAAGGUACCCGCCUUAGACCGGCG